UUAUUACUUUUAUGCAUGUGGGUGUGGUGAGCAGGGGGCAGGUUAUGUUUGGGAGACAUGCCAGUCCUCACGCAUUUUGAGCUGCAGGUACUGAACAAGCAUCAUGCUCUGCUUUUUCAUCCUGAUCUAUUACUUGUCAAGUCCAGUGUGCUCAGAGGUGCUGAGCCGUCACAGGAGAACCUGGAUCAUCGCCACUUUUGAGAUUGAAGAGGAAUACCAGGGACCCUUCCCUUAUGAGCUGGGCACGGUAAAUGUUGAGCGCAAAUAUCCAGUUUACUUUACGCUGCAUGGUGAAGGAGUGGACGAGGAGCCGGAGGGAGUGCUCUCCAUCGACAGGAAAACCGGGACCAUAUAUGCCAACAAAGCUGUGGACUAUGAGGAGAGGACACGACUUAAGCUGAGAUUUGAGGCCACAAGAUCAGACUUAUCACUCGACACAAAGUUAGGAAUUGAGAUUGCAAUCCAUGACAUCAAUGACAACCCGCCACGCUUCAGCAGAGCUCUAUAUGAAAUCCAAGUGAAUGAGGUGACCACGCAGGGUUCCCAUCUCCUGACUGUCCGAGCUUCUGACAGAGACCAGAGAGGAUCUCCAAACUCCACUUUCCACUACGAAAUCAUAUCAGUGACUCCAAAGACUUCAGACACAGAGUUCUUCAUUUCUGAGCUUGGAGCGAUCUCAUUUAAAGGAUGCUUGAAUCGUGAUGUUUCCAAGAAGUUUACAAUCUUGGUGGAAGCCAAGGAUCAUGGCGAUGUUGUCAGUCUGUCCAGUUCAACAACAGUUGUUAUUCAUGUCCUGGAUGGUAAUAACCACCUUCCCAUCAUCACAGGUCAAACAGGACCAGCUAAGGUGAAGGAAAACGAGUCUGGGACAUCUCUUCUACGACUGCAUGUAGCGGAUGAAGACAGUGUGAACAGCAGCGCUUGGAGAGCCAGAUACACCAUAGACGGCGAUAAGGGGGGUAACUUCCAAAUAGAGACGGACCCAGAAAGCAAUGAUGGAAUUCUGACAUUAGUGAAGCCUUUAGAUUUUGAAGAAGGACCGCAGAGAGAGCUGCACUUCUUUGUGGAAAACCAGGAUCCAUAUUUCCACUGUAAAGUAGAGGAGAAGACACCCUUGGGUCUGUGGAAGGUUGACAUCGCUGAAACUCGUGGCCAUGCCGGUCUUGCUCCAAUAAAAGCAAUCAUUGAGGUGGAGGACACCAAUGACUCCCCGCACUUCGAAGUGGGAGUCAAAAGGGCCAUGCUGGACGAGAACACACCAGCUGGAACUUGGGUGGAAAGAGUGGUUGCAGUAGAUCCAGACUUCAUUCAAAAAAGAGACUUUGUUUACAGAAUGGGACAUGAUCCAGCAGGCUGGCUGGCAGUUGAUCCUCACACUGGGGACAUCACCACUAUUAAAGUUCCAGACAGAGAAUCUCCUCAUGUCAUUGAUGGACUUUACACCAUUGUCCUUCUCGCGGUUGAUGAUGAUACGCCACCUCUGACAGGCUCAACCACGUUGCUCAUCCAUUUAGGCGACCAGAACGACAAUCCUCCUCAACUGGAACUGAACCAUGUGGACAUUUGCCUGUCUGACAUCCCUACAAUUACCAACAUCACAGCCUUUGACCGGGAUGGAUAUCCCUUCGGAGGCCCUUUCAAGUUUGAACUUUUAGGGAAUUUCCAUGGAAAAUGGAAACUAAAUCCCACAUAUGGCUUGACAGCUGGUUUGGUGAAGGAACCUGGAGUGUAUGCUGGCACACACAUUGUUGAUUUAAAGAUUUCAGACCUUCAGGAAGUUUCUGCCAUUUAUAACCUCAGCGUGACUGUGUGCGACUGCUUAGUGACGCCCAACUGUCGCAGCAGAAACUCAACCAAAGCUGCAUUCGGUGCAGUGGGCAUCGCAUUGGCUGCACUGCUUUUGUUUCUGAUUUUGCUGCUCGCGGCAUUCACUUUCUCCUGCAAAGAAGAAUUCCCUUUUCGCUUAGAUUAUCCCUGUGGUGAAACCCUUUUGGCAUCAAACAUUGAGAGACCAGGAACAGACUGCAAAGUUGUACAAGUGCCUGAAAACAUUAUCCAGCACUGCAAACCAGCUGCUGAGCAGAGUCAGCGAUAUGGGGGACAGGACAUAUUAGCAAAGGGUACAAAGCAAAGCCUUGCAUCAGGACACUACCGCAGUAAAAGCUGGAGAAUUGCCUCACACCCAUACAGGAACAAUUUUGAUCAAACCCGAAGAUCUUUAAGAGUUCCUCGCCACGACUACCAGGAUACAGGAACCUUUAGCUUCCGUCACAAAAACACCAGCUCUGUAACAGAUGCAGCUCUCCUCACCCUGCUCCAAAGGAGGCUUCUCUCUCUUCAAACGUCAGAUGAUUUGGAUUAUGAACCCCACACCUACACAGAAGAGGGAGACGCAGACAUCCCGUCCGAACUAGAAACGAUCAGCAUUCCUGAUGAAGACCCAACCUCGUUUUUGAAAACGCUCAAUGACUUUGACCCCAGGUUUAAACAGCUAUCAUAUAUUUGCAAGCCAGUAAGACAAUGAAUCUCCAUUGACAAGUAUUUUAAUAGCAACUGCUACAUUUCUCCAUUUAGAUAGCAAAGAAAAAAAAAACACACAAUGGUCCUUUAUGACCAUCUGAAGUGUGGCAGUGAACAGUUCCACAAAUUACAGAGGGAAAAAAAAAAAGUUAUGUUUGCUGAAUUGCAUGAAAGUCUACCUCACAUGCUUACAACUACCGAUUGUUUUGCUUUUAGUGCAUAGCUACUUUUUAAAAAUAAACUCCCUCUUUUUCAUGCAAAGGAUGGAAAGAUUCAAGUUUCUUAAAUGCUUAAAAAAAAAA